ACCCCCAGGGCGCGGGCAGAUUUCUGUGUAGCCAGCGUGUUUACGCAGAAAAUCGCGCUGUCGCUGUGUGGUCCUGGUGUGUGGGGGCGAGGACUCGGCCGGCCACAGCGCUGCUGAGCCGCCUGGGCAGGUCACUGCAGCAUCCGUGCCUCAGUGUCCCCAUCUGUACAAUGAGAUAUACCAGCAGCCUCCUCCCAGAGUGCCUGGGACUGGGCGGGGUGGGGGUGGGGGUCAGUGACCCUGUGCUCGAGGUGCCGGGCGAAAGGGCACAUCCAUUCUGUGUUGUCCCAAGCGUCUCCAUAUUCCGUUUCCUUGUUUCCUUACGGCUUCGUUGUUCCCUGGCUGUGGUGUCCCGACUUCCACCUGGUGCCUGCCAGAGGCCACUCGGGUCUCCACAGGUGUGGGUACUAACCUCCUCUGAAGGGGCCUUACCCACCCAGAGUGGGUAGUAACCUGCCAGGUGGGUGCCACUGAUGAACCCCGUGUGUGCCCCCCUGGGUGUGGCCACUGCUGGGGGCCCUGGGGCCCCCGCCCAGCCUGAGUCACCGCCUGUUUGCAGCCCUCCCCCCUCGGCUUCCUGCUUCGGGAACCAGGUUCCUCUCUUGUUCCUGGGGGAGGGGGCUGGUGCCAGGGAAGGCCACUGUGGCCCAAGAGAGCAGCUGUCAAGAGGCCCCGUUUCAGAACGUGCAGGGACAGAACUGGGGGGACACGGGAGGCUGGUCUCCGCACAGCCAGGCUCACUUAGCGGCUGUCUCUCCCUUGGGCCCGCACACCUUCACUGGACACGGCAGCUUCACGUUCCCGGGGGCCUGUCGGGUCCAGGAAGCCUAAGGCACCCCAUCUGCGUCCCCAGUUUCCCUGUCUGUGAGGUGGCCUCUGUGGGCAGGUGCCAGGGACACAGGGUGGCCCCAUCCUGCUGUGUGUGCUGCGGGAAGUGAGGAUUAAGUAGCAGAUAGACAAGUGGACCAGCUGGUUCGGGACCGCGGCGGGAGGCGGGGCGGGGGGGCUGGCGCCCGGUGGCUUCUCCCAGGAGGGGACCUUUGAGCCAAGAGCAGCCGUGCCAAGAAAGUGUACUUCCGGCAGAAGGCUCAGCAAAGGCCCUGAGGUAGACUGUUCCCCGGGGGGGGGGGGUGAGGCACAGUGAAGGGGCCCCCCGGGUCUGGAGCGGAGGAGAUGAGGGGGAGAGGACGGGGUGAGGCUCUGACUGCUGAUAUGUAAGGCUCUCUUACACACCUUUAUGCUGCCGGCGUCCCUCUCCCCUCAGCCUUCAUCACAGAUCUGCUUUGCUGGGUGCCUAGGGGCUGCCGUCCCUGUCCCGCCUGCUUCUACCAUCCCCUCUUUCCUGAGUGGGGAUCCGGGCACAUGUUCCUUGUCUCCUGCUGGAAUUUGGUCGAGGCCCCUCCCGGGCUGCCUGCCCGCUCUAGCUGGCCCCCAGGUGAAGAGGCUGUCGGCAUCCAAGCGGAAGCAACACUUUAUCAACCAGGCUGUGCGGAACUCAGACCUCGUGCCCAAGGCCAAGGGGCGGAAGAGCCUGCAGCGCCUGGAGAACACCCAGUACCUUCUAACCCUGCUGGAGACAGACGGGGGCACCCCUGGGCCGGACGACGGGGACCUUGCCCCGCCCGCAGCACCCGGCAUCUUCGCAGAGGCCUGCAGCAAUGAGACCUACGUGGAGGUCUGGAACGACUUCAUGAACCGCUCGGGCGAGGAGCAGGAACGGGUGCUCCGCUACCUGGAGGAUGAGGGCAAGAGCAAGGCCCGGAGGAGGGGGCCUGGCCGCGGGGAAGACCGAAGGAGAGAGGACCCAGCCUACACACCCCGUGAGUGCUUCCAGCGCAUCAGCCGACGUCUGAGAACUGUUCUCAAGCGGAGCCGCAUCCCCAUGGAAACUCUGGAGACCUGGGAGGAGCGGCUGCUGAGGUUCUUCUCUGUGUCUCCCCAGGCCGUGUACACGGCCAUGCUGGACAACAGUUUCGAGAGGCUCCUGCUUCAUGCCAUCUGCCAGUACAUGGACCUCAUCUCAGCCAGGCCGCGGGGAGAGAGGGGCCUGCGUGGGCAUCCGGGGACCCCGAGAUGAGAUGCAGCCCCCCUCCACUGUGCCGCCCAGGUGCCGACCUGGAAGGGAAGAGGCAGAUGAAAGUCAGCAAUCGUCACCUGGACUUCCUGCCACCGGGGCUGCUCCUGUCUGCGUAC